CCAUUAAAGCUGAAAAUAUUGCGUUCUUUGACUUAUAAACAUUUCUACUAAAUCACAAAGAUAGAUCUGGUGUAUAAAUAAUCUUCUCUAUUACGUUUAAUGAAUCAAAAAUAAAAAUAAAAUAAUUCUCAUAUUUAUAAAUAAAAAAAAGUAAUAAUAGUGAUCAAGCUAUGUACUACUAUAUGUAAUAGAUCAUAUCAUAUAAUUGUGAAAAUAAUCUAUUGAAUUGGAUCAGUAAAUCAACAAAAUUUAAUCAUAGCUAUUAAAUUCUAAUAUUAUGAUAUAUAAUGUUUAAUAUUAAUUCAUAUAUUAUCAGAUGAUUUUGUUUUUAAAUUAAAUAGAUAACUAAUCAUACUGAUGUAUCUCAAGACUCACAAAAUAUUGUUGAAUUACCAUCAGAUUAUGAAACUUCAUCAACAAAAGUGAAUUCAGAUAAUGUUAGAAAUGUUAAUAACCAACAAACACGUAUUAAUGAAAAUCCUCAACUUUAUCAAAAUUCGAGUUAUGAUGAUAAUGAUUUAAGACGAGAUGUAUCUCAAUAUCGAUUUGGUGAUGACAAUAAUGAUGAUCAACGAAAUAUAACGAAUGGAACUGUAUCAAUACAGGAAGAAAUUCGUUCAAAUAAUAUUUCUGAAAAUGAAAUUCUUGAUGAUAAUAAUAAUAAUCACCAGCGUGAUCAAUGGUCAGGUCGUUUUGAUUUUUUCUUUGCAAGUCUCGGUUAUGCUGUUGGUCUUGGUGCUGUUUUACGUUUUCCUUAUUUAUGUUAUCGAAAUGGUGGAGGUGUUUUUCUCAUACCAUAUAUUAUCUUUCUAUUUUUUCUUGGUAUUCCAUUAUUUUAUCUUGAAGUUAAUCUGGGACAAUUUACUUCUCAAGGUGCAACUCACUGUUGGAGAAUGGCACCAAUAUUUAAAGGUCUUGGUAUUUCAAUGAGUAUAAUGUCAUUUUUUUUCACAGUUUAUUAUACUAUGUUAGUUGGUUAUUCAGUUCUAUAUUUUAUACUUUCAUUUCGUAAGGAACUUCAAUGGGCAACAUGUGGUUCAUGGGCAAAUUGUAUAAGUAAUUUUUCAUCAUUUACAACACAAAGUAAUUAUGAAAAUACUUAUAAAUAUCCAAAUGGUCGUUUUCUUUACACAUUUUUAGGUCAAAAUUUCACAGAAAUUGGUUCAUGGAAUAUUACAAAUGGAACACAAUAUGGAAAACCUAUUCUGCCAUCAGAUGAUUAUUUCAAUAAUUAUAUAUUAAAUAAAUCGGAAGGUAUUGAUUUUAUAUCAACAAUAGACUGGAGACUUGUAUUAUGUUUACUUGGUACAUGGAUAUUAAUUUAUAUUUGUCUUUGCGGUGGAGUAAAAAUUUCAGGAAAAAUUGUUUAUUUUACAUCAGUAUUUCCAUAUGUUAUUCUUCUUAUACUUGGUAUACGUGGUUGGAUGUUACCAGGAAUGUCAAAUGGAAUAUAUUUUUAUAUGAAACCUGAUGUAAGUCGUUUACGUGAAACACGUGUAUGGAAUGAUGCAGCAAAUCAAAUAUUUUUUAUUUUAUCUGUUACAUAUGGUGGUUUAAUAACAUUAUCUAGUUAUAAUAAAUUUAAUCAAAGUACACUUGGAAAUACAUUAGUUGUUUCAAUAGCUAAUGUAAUAACUUCAAUAUUUGCUGGUUUUGUUAUGUUUGCAUAUUUGGGUUAUUUAGCACAUAUAACUGGACAAAAUGUUAAAGAUGUUGUAUCAGAAGGUCCUGGUCUUGCUUUUAUUGUUUAUCCAUAUGCAGUAACUACACUUCCAGUAGCACCCUUAUGGUCAAUUCUUUUCUUUUUUAUGCUUAUUUUACUUGGUCUUGAUUCUGUGUUUGCAAGUAUUGAAACAGUUGUUGUAACAAUAACAGAUCAAAUACAGAUAUUACGUCGAUAUAAUGCAUUAGUAACAUUUAUAGUUUGUACAGUAAUGUUUGGACUUGGUUUACUUUUAUGUACUAACGCGGGAUUUUAUUGGUUAACAUUAUUAGAUAAUUUUACUGGUUCUUAUGCAGCAUUUAUUAUUGGUUUAUUAGAAUGUAUUUGUAUUGCUUAUGUUUAUGGUAGUAAUAAUUUUCGUUCGGAUGUUGAAGCAAUGCUUGGUUCAAAAAAUUGGGGUGUACGAUUUUAUUUUAUAUUUCAAAUAUGUUGGUCAUUUAUAACACCAUUAGUUAUUAUUGGACUGAUUGUAUUUACAUCAUUAAAUUAUCCACCACUUCAAUUAGGAAAUUAUAAAUAUCCUCUUUGGGCAAAUAAGCUUGGUUGGGCUUUAAUGGGUUUAAUUUUAUCUGGAUUUGUAUUUUAUGCAAUAUAUGCUAUUAUUUAUUUUGUAAUUAUAAAAAAAAAUUCAUGUAGAAUUUUAAUUAAUCCACAACCAGAUUGGGGACCUUUAUUAGAACAAAAUCGAAAGAAAGUUAAUUAUCAUUAUGGUGAACAUGAUGGAUAUCUUAUUAGAUUAUUUGAUAAAAUCACAAAAAAAACUUUAUCAAAACAAAAAUUAGAUGGAUCAAACAGUAUUGACAUUGAUAAUAAUGGACAAGAAACAUCAGUAUCAAAUCAACAAGCAAGAAAUCAAGUCGAAAUU